AUGGACACAAACUCUGACAAGUCGAAGCUUGACGAAGCAGGCCUAUCAUCGGUGGAAUCCACAGAGCCGGUGAACGGAUACUUUGCGCCACAAGAAAAGGGAAAAGAGCAAGGACAGGCAGAGCCAGCUGCAAACUCAACGUCGCCAGCAGUCACACCGGCAGGCGCGCCGCCACCAGCACCAGUCUCGCCGGUGAGAACUAGAACGCACCGAACCAGCUUCCAUAUGCGCAACCUCUCCUCGUCUUCUCUCGCCAGUCUUACCAACCGCAAGAGCAAGCAGGCCGAUCCUGGAACAACUCUCGCGGAGGCCCACGUUGACCGCACGAAUCUCUCCAUGCCCCCACCUUCCACGGCUAUUACUCACCAAGCGUUGAAAGCCCAUCUGCCAGCCCAAGGUCAUCCUGUCCGUCGAGACUCGUCCCAUUCCGACGCCUGGAGCGAAGACGCCACCAGCCUCCGCCGUGUCCCAACCAAUCCCUCCGAGCAACCUUAUUCCCCUCGAGAUUUUGCAGAUUCUUCUUCGGCAACCGCCAUUGAAGAAUCCGAGACCCCUCGCCUGUUGCCCAGCACUCAGAGCGAGACAGGCCUGUAUCGCCACAACCAACUACCAGAACCCGCCUACCGCAGCGCCCGCUCUUCCUUUUCCGAGGCCGGCGCAAGCGUCAGCAACCGCGUGAGCAUUGGGUCGAUUUAUAGUCUUGCCUCUGCUCGCGGAGUCAUCAGCUCAGCUGCUUCUGCCAACGGAAGCGACAACAAUAGCAUCUCUGGCGUCCCUGGCCAUCGGUCAGUGUCUGGCAUCAUGGCUACCAAUAAGGCGGCCCAGCCUGAAGCGACCAUGUCGAACGUCACAGUUACCACGGGAAGUCAGGGAUCCCAUCAGGGUGCCCUUCAGCUUGCUCCUCGGGAGGCGAGAGGUCAAACUGUUGGUGAUAUAGGGAAGACGACUGGUCAGCAAUCUCAAGCAAGUGGCGAUACGCAGCAGAAAACAGGAACAACCCCUACUCCUCGUCCUCAACCUACUCGAUCGCGAAGCCGGGCCAAGCGCAGGUUCAGCGGUAGUACCGCGGCCAGCAGCCACAGCCCUAGCGGAGACCGUGUCGUUUCCCAUCAUCACCACCGCGGAGAGAAGGAAGAACCUAGGCCCGCUCCCUGGGGCGUCAUCGGCGUCUGCGCGCUGGACGUGAAAGCCCGGAGCAAGCCUAGUAGAAAUAUCUUGAACCGCCUGAUUCAGAACCGCGAAUUCGACGUCUGUGUAUUUGGGGACAAGGUUAUUCUUGACGAGUCCAUUGAGAACUGGCCCAUCUGCGAUUACCUGAUCUCAUUCUACUCGGACGGCUUCCCGCUUGACAAGGCCAUCGCGUAUGUCAAGGCCAGAAAACCUUUCUGUGUCAACGAUGUGCCUAUGCAAAAGAUUCUUUGGGACAGAAGGCUGUGCUUGAGACUGUUGGAUAGAAUCAAUGUCCCCACUCCCCAAAGAAUUGAAGUCAACCGUGAUGGCGGCCCCCGACUUCUUACACCUGACGUGUGUAAGCACAUCAAGGACAUUAGUGGGAUUGUCUUCGAGCCCACGGAUCCUGACCCGGAGGCCGCCAGAGCAGCUGCUCCCCGCAAGGUUGAGCUGCUGGAUGGUGGUGACAUCCUGUCCGUUGACGGAACCUUGAUCAAGAAGCCAUUUGUUGAGAAGCCAACCAGCGGUGAGGACCACAACAUCAUCAUCUAUUUCCCUUCUUCCGCAGGCGGCGGCGCAAGGAAGCUUUUCCGGAAGAUUGGCAACAAGAGCAGCGAGUAUGUCGAGGGACUAUCGGUCCCGAGGUGCAUCACCCAUCCCGAGGAGAGUUUCAUCUAUGAACGCUUUAUGCAAGUUGACAAUGCUGAAGAUGUAAAAGCUUACACGGUUGGGCCAACAUACUGCCACGCAGAGACGAGAAAAUCGCCAGUGGUGGACGGCGUGGUGAGGCGUAACACGCACGGAAAAGAGGUCCGGUACGUCACAGGGUUGAGCGCCGAGGAAAAGGAGAUCGCCAGCAAGAUCAGUACCACGUUUGGUCAGCGCGUUUGCGGUUUCGACUUUUUGCGCGCCGGCGGGAAGAGCUACGUAAUCGACGUCAACGGUUGGAGUUUCGUCAAGGAUAAUGAUGAUUACUACGAUCACUGCGCCAACAUUCUCAAGGAGAUUUUCAUCAAAGAGAAGCUUCGCAAAGAGGGACUCACCCCUCCCAUUCCAUCGCCUGCGAUCUCCGACGUGGACCCUAUGGCGGCCAGCAUGGCGGUUCGUGCGGCGUACGCGAAUAAGGAGAGGGAGUUGGUCGCCCAUGUGGCUGCCCAGCAGGCGCAAAGCAGGGCAAGUAUGGACAAGCCAGCUGUGGCCAGGGAGGUGCCAGGUGAGGUGGUUAGCAGCCAGACAAUCACGAUCAAGGGAGACUCGAAAUACGGGAGCAUACCUGCUAGUCCCUUGGCCAGUCAGUUCUCGUCUUCGGUGGCUGACAGUGUACCUUCUACUGCCCCCUCGACUGUUUCUGCGGCGCCUUCUGUCAUGCAGGUUGACACGCCGACAACCGUUACCGCCGUCCAAGAUGACCAAGAACCUCCUCCUCCACCCCCCCCCAAACCGAGUUGGAAGCUCAAGGGUGUCGUGUCCGUCAUUCGUCACGCGGACCGAACGCCAAAGCAAAAGUACAAGUUCACUUUCCACACUGCGCCGUUCAUUGAGCUUCUCAAAGGCCAUCAAGAAGAGGUUCUUCUCAUCGGCGAGCCUGCCCUUGCCAGUGUCCUCGAUGCCGUGGAUGUGGCAAUGAGGGAGGGUGUUGAAGACCGCAACAAGCUCAAAGCUCUCCGCAACGUGCUCAUCAAGAAGGGCAGCUGGGCCGGCACCAAGGUUCAGAUUAAACCCAUGUUCAGGAAGAAGCCAGAGGACAAGGAGAAGAAGAAGGACAAGAAGAGCGACACUUCGGCUGAAGAUGACGGCAAGACUGAGAACAAGAACGAAAUCGACACGAUGAAAGAGGAGGACCACCCACUUCAGACCGAGACCGAGGGCGAAGGUGACAAGGCCGACAGCGAUGCGUACAAGACCCGGAGGUCGCCUAAGCGCCAUGAUUCUCUGUCAGGCGUCACGAUGUCCAAGUUCACCGCCGCGGAAGAAAGCCUUGUUCUCGACAAACUCCAGCUCAUUGUCAAAUGGGGCGGCGAGCCCACGCACUCUGCUCGCUACCAAGCGCAGGAGCUCGGCGAAAGCAUGCGCAGUGACUUGGGUCUCAUGAACCGCGAGGUUCUCGAUGAGGUUCAUGUCUUCAGCUCCUCGGAGCGUCGCGUCGUGACUUCGGCUCAGAUCUGGGCGGCCAGCUUCCUCAACAAGAAGGAUGUGCCCGAGGAUUUUAUCACCAUUCGUAAGGAUCUUUUGGAUGAUUCCAACGCGGCCAAGGACGAGAUGGACAAGGUGAAGAAGAAGCUUAAGGGGCUUCUUCGGAAGGGCAACGAGAGGCCGCCUCAGUUCGCUUGGCCAGACAACAUGCCUGAGCCGGCCGAGGUGCAGACGAGGGUGGUGCAGCUGAUGAACUUCCAUCGCAAGGUCAUGCAGCACAACUACGCGAAGCUGUAUAGUGGUGCAGUGAACUCGCUGAACGCCAUCAACAACCCCUCUUCUGGUGAUAAGGGCGCCGCCGAUGGGAACUCCACCUCUGGUGUGUCAAUCUCGUCGCUUGCGUCGGUUGGUUCCUUGUCGCAGGCUAAUGCGGUGACGGGCAUCCAGGCGAGGUGGUGCUGCGGUGAGGAUGCGGAGCUGUUCAAAGAGCGCUGGGAGAAACUCUUCGCCGAGUUCUGCGAUGGCGAGAAGGUUGAUCCGAGCAAGAUCUCGGAGCUCUAUGAUACCAUGAAGUUUGAUGCCCUCCACAAUCGCCAGUUCCUCGAGUGGGUGUUUGCGCCACCAAAGAACAUGCUUGAAGAUGAGUACAAGACCAAUUUCGGAAAAGGUCCGUCGCCAGCGGCAUCUUCGUCGUCGUCGUCGUCCAACGGGAAGACGUCAACCGCGUCGGCAACGGCAUCCAGCUCUGUGCCGGCGAUCGCCAGCGGAAAGGAUUCGGAGGAUAGUGUUCGAACGGCACCUCUGCCAGAGGAGACUAAAACAGAGAGGUCAGCUUCGAGUCUUAGUGAGAAGAUUGAGAAGGAGGGCCACAAGGCUGUGAAGCGGAUCUUCCGUAGGAGGUCGUUCCUCAACGGCCUGCGACCCUCGAGCAAUGUCGACGCUGAGCUUCCAGAGAGGUACUUUCACCUUCACCGCGGCAACAGCCAGACAAAGGCCAAAACCGACGCCCGAUUCGAGCCCCUUCGGGAGCUGUACCAGCUGGCCAAGGUUCUCUUCGAUUUCAUCUGCCCGCAGGAAUACGGCAUCUCGGACAGCGAGAAGCUUGAGAUCGGUCUUCUGACCUCGCUCCCCUUGCUCAAGGAAAUCGUCCAGGACCUCGAGGACAUGCAGGCGUCCGAGGAGGCCAAGUCGUUCAUCUACUUCACAAAGGAAUCUCACAUAUACACGCUGCUCAACUGCAUUCUGGAGGGCGGCCUCGAGACUAAGAUCAAGCGGGCCACGAUCCCGGAACUGGACUACCUGUCGCAGAUCUCCUUUGAACUGUACGAGAUGCCGGCCAACCCGCCCAUUGAUGCCGAGGGCACGCCCGUGUUCAACUACAGCAUCAAGAUUACCAUUAGCCCCGGCUGUCAUGUGUUCGACCCGCUGGAUGUGCAGCUCGACAGCAAACACUGCAUUGGGUGCGCGCCCAGGAGAAGCCUGACGGCUCAUGCCGACUGGAUGUUUGUUAUUGAGACGUUGAGGGCAAAGUUCCAUCAAGUCAAAUUGCCCAAGACCUUUUUGGCCGUCAACCUAUCGGAUGCCUUUACGUUCCAAGAGAAGCAGCACAACGGUGACGAGAACGUAGCUACUCCUGGUCCAACCGGUGGAGCUGAAGGUGGCGAGAAGGAAGGCCUGGAGAUGAAGACGGUUGAGCAUGCCGCCGCCACCACUACUGGUCCUCUUGAUAAUACAGCUGAAACCACGGGGGACGCUGCUGCCGCUUCCGAAAGCACCACCCUCACCACUGCUGCUACCACUGAUGAGGUGGAGACUGCCACGCCGACGAAUGAAUCUGUCGCUACUGUCGUCGCCACCCCAAAGGCGGGCGAGAUCAAGGAAGGACAAGCCGAAGAAGCGGCGGAAGAGGGUGCGGAUGCGUCUACACCUGUACCCACACCUGUGGCCGCCGCCGCUGCUAGUAACAUGACCGCUACCCUCGAGACAAGCGACCCAAAGCCGGAAGCUGCUGCUGACGACAAGCUGUAA